AUGAUCAUACUUUCAACUGACUGCUUAUAUCAAAUUUUUAAGCAUUUUAAAGAUGACUUAAAAACAUUACAUUCAUGUCUUUUAUCCAACCGCACCUGUUGUGAGCUUAUUAUUCCGAUUUUAUGGGCUGAUCCCUGGAAACUAAUACUGAAAAAAAAACCUACGUCCGAAUGUAAAUUCUCUUUUAUAUCUCUCCUCUCAACGUUAUUAUCAUGUUUGCCAUUUGAAUCAAAACGACUUUUGCAUGAAAAUAAUGUAUACCCGACAUCUCAAGCUACCUUUUUCAACUAUGCUAUUUACUGCCGUUCCUUGAAUUUUGAUGGUAUUUGGGAUAUGUUAUCUGCGCAGCAUCGACCAUUUGGUAUUCUUAACAUAGAUAUUAAGACUUUGGUGGGCCAAGAAAUUUGCAAGAUGAUAAUCAUUCGAAGCACAAAGAUAACUCAGAUACUUAUUUCUAAAGUUUCUUAUUCAUUUUUUGAUUUAUUCCAAAAUUUAUUAUUAAACAAUACUUCAAGUCUUUCACACCUUAUUGAAUUUGAAUAUCAUGUUACUACAGAUUCAAAUAUUCCUACUUUUUAUAAUCUGUUUAAAGUUUGCAAAAAUAUUUCCACUCUUACCAUCAACUUAAAAACUACCCCGAGCAAAAGCUUUAUUGAGUUAAUUCGAUCACAAAGUGCUAUCAAGUUUAUGAAUAUCACUUUUAAAUAUGAUCCCCCUAACAAGUUUAUUAAUUCCUUAUUAUUACAUGCUAAUAUUUUAACACACCUUUAUAUUUCUUGCUUUCAUGAAGACAUCUUUCCUAAAAUUUUCUUUAAAUGCCCCACUUUUUCAAACCUAAAAUUCUUGAAAUGUCAUAAUAGUUACACAGAGCCAAUAUAUCCUAAAUAUCAACACUUAAAAAACAUGAAAAGUGUAAAUAUAAGUUUGCCAAAUCUUGAAUCUUUGGAAUUUGACUGCGAAACACUAUUUUUAUACCAAGUAAUGGCUCAAAUAAUUAAAGGAACGCGUGGAAAACUUGAAAGGAUAUACAUAAGUUAUCCAAUUUAUUAUGUAAAUCCGAGCAUAAUCAAUCAAAGUAUUCUUAAUUCAUGUUCAAAUCUUAAAGUUCUUACUACCUUCGUUACUAAAGAUACACUUGAAAUUAUUUUAGCAAUAUUAACUUCUUGUCAGAAUUUAGAAGGUAUUGCAUUGUAUUCAUAUUCUGAUGGAAUUAAUUCUAUCUUAAAUCACCUAUCCCUACACCCUUUAAGAAAUUUAAAUAAUAUAAAGUUUGAUAAUACUGACUCAUGUUGGAAUUUUUCACUAAAAAAUAUGGAAUUAUUUUUAAAGAGUCUAGAAAAGGAAGAUUUUGUAAAUAAACUCAAUAUUUCAUUAAUUUAUAAGCAAAUUAAUGUAAAUCCAAAUAAGAUUAUGGAUCUAUUUGAGACAUAUUACUCAAGGGGGAUAAUUGCUUCAUAUUUUGUUGAAAGUAAAACCAAUAUUAUUUAUGAAUUUGAUGAUUGGCAAAGAUUACAAAUUUAA